UCGCCAUUAUUCUCCUUCUAAUUAACUUUGUAAUUUGAGAGUGAGCCAAGUUUUCUUUGAGCAAUCACAAAGAAAAUUUAAUUAAGAAUUAAUAUGGUUAGAUUAAACAAGUCUUACUUGGCUGUGCUUCUUGUUCAAGCAAUUUAUGCAGGCAUGUUCUUGCUCUCCAAGGCUGCAUUCAAUGGCGGCAUGAACAAUUUUGUGUUCAUCUUCUACAGACAAGCUGCUGCUACAGUUUUCUUAAUUCCUCUCUCCACGUUCAUAGAAUGGAAAACUGCUCCUCCUCUGCCAUUUUCGACCUUUUGCAAGAUUUUUAUGCUCUCUUUAUUCGGGAUAACUUUGAGUUUAGACUUGUAUGGUAUUGCUUUGAUUUACACUUCUGCAACUUUGGCUGCUGCUACUACAAAUUGCCUUCCUGUCAUUACUUUCUUCUUGGCAGUUCUUCUCGGGAUGGAGACGUUGAAGCUGAGGACAAUCCCAGGGGUGGCUAAGCUUGUGGGAAUAUUAAUAUGUACCGGCGGUGUAGCCGCUCUGGCGUUUUACAAUGGCCCCCAGUUCAAAAUUGCCUGCCAUCUUCACAUUUUUGACCUUCAUAAUAGCCAUGAAGUUGAGGGUCAUGCUCAGAACUCUGGAAAAACUUGGAUAAAGGGUUGCUUCCUCAUGCUCACUUCUAACACCUGUUGGGGGUUGUGGCUUGUUUUGCAGGCCCGUGUGUUGAAAAGCUACCCUUCAAAGCUUCUCUUUACAACUCUUCAAUGCUUUAUGAGCUCAGUUCAAUCUUUUUGUAUUGCCAUUGUUUUGGUUAGAGACCCUCAUGAGUGGGUUCUUGGUUGGAAUCUCAGACUCCUCGCUGUGGCUUAUUGCGGAAUUGUGGUGACUGGGGUUUCAUUUUACUUACAAGCAUGGGUUGUCGAGAAGAAAGGGCCAGUGUUCUUGGCCAUGUCAACCCCCUUGACACUAAUUUUCACCAUGCUCAGUUCUGUAUUUCUCUUAUGUGAGAUUAUUAAUCUAGGAAGAAUUUUGGGUGGAUUAUUGCUAGUUGGGGGACUAUAUAGUGUGUUAUGGGGGAAGAGCAAAGAGCAAAAAGUAUUGGAGGAGAGAAGUUGCUUGCCAACUCAAGCUGAGAAAUUAAGCUCCUCAGAUAAUCAACUGAAAUUAGCAAUUGUUGCUCCACCAUCUCCAUUAUUUGUUUAAUUAAUCUUGCAGCUGAUGUGAUAGAAAUUUGAACUAUUUGCUUUCCGCUUUCA